AUGUUGGGGCUACUUCUGGUACUUCUGCUCACAGGUUGCCUCCCCCCUGGUGUAGCCGGCGGUGACACUGAGUCCCUUCAGCCCAGAAACCUUGUGCAGUUCAGCAAUAUUAUUAAGUGCGCCAUACCAGGGAUCAACCCACUUUCUGCCUUCUCGGACUACGGCUGUUACUGCGGGCCUGGUGGACACGGGACACCGGUGGAUGAGCUGGACAGGUGCUGUCAGACACACGACAAAUGUUAUAGCGCGGCUAAGAACAAGCGCUGCAUAUUGCACAGGAACCCCAAAGCUGUGUUCUACACGUACACCUGUUCAAAAAAGACCGUGACUUGCGCCAGUAAAAAUAAUAAAUGUGCGAAGAUUGCCUGUGAAUGUGAUCGCAAUGCGGCCGUUUGCUUCGCCAAAGCACAACCCACGUACAAUAAAAAAUACAAGGGUAUGAAGAAAUCCAGCUGUAAAUAGGACCUCAACGUGUCCCUGCGUUUACGAGUCUCCUCGACUCUGUGGGGAAUACUUGCCUUACAGGUUGCAUCCUGCAGUUUGCUUCCAGCAACUCGAGGAACCAUUGAUCGAUCUCCUUAUUUGCUACGUUAAUGUAAUCAGUAAUCUCAUUUAAAUCCAACACUCCUUAUCCCGUUCUCACGGUCUUUCACUAUCUGUGCCACUCAUGAUGCUAAAGACUGGAUCGCUUCAAUCUCCCUGCAGUGGAAGCUAAUUCUGGUUUGUGACCCGCUUCCCAUAACGUUCAUAACCAAAAUCUGCAAUUAUCCGUGUCCAAUAUCCUCACUCCCUCUCCAAAAUAUGAAUGCAGCAGCAUUUGGGAAUCCUAUUGAAAAUCCAGGUUUACAUCCUAU